AAAACGUCCAUUUCCAACUCGAGUGGUCCGUAACACAAAACGGCCUCAACAUUUUUACAUUCUCACACAGUAGAUACACCAUUUACAUACUUUCUAUGCUCGGCUAUGUCCGAAAUAUCAGGAAAAAAAAGAGAGAAGAGAAGAGAUAAAGUGAAAUAAAAGUAACAGCACACCGAACGAAAGAAGAACAAAAAAAAUAACAUAAAAUAAAACCAGCAAUAGCAACAGACAACGACGUCGAAGCAGCACACGCACACAGAGAGACCAGGCAAACAAGAAAAGAAGGACAAAAAACGUACCAAUUGGUACGCGUAGCUCUUUUAUAGCGUAUCAAAUAUACACGCAUUGAGUGAAUAGAGCAGUCGCAGUCGAGUUAAAACACCAAAAUACCUAUAUAUGUAUAAAUUUCUCGAUAUUUUGUGUAUUGGUCGGUGGAGUGAGCGUGCGCGCGCCUAAUGCGAGAGACAGAAUGAGAUAGAACGAGUGAUCACCUGGUGUAAAAAGAUUGUAAACUAAAGUAAUAUUGGUAUCUUUACGCUGUCUCAUCGUCAGUCCUAUUUCUACCUUUCAUCGGGUAAUAUCUCACAGUCCCAUAAUAAUAAUAACGACACAGCGGCCAACAACGACGGCUAUUCAAAAAACAACAACAACAAACAAAAUAAACGAGACGAAUUCAUUUAUUAUAUUUAAACUUUAUUAUUUUCCGAUUAGUUUUUUUUUUAAUUUUCUUCUGUUGUCGUAGUUUAUUCUUUUUUGUAUAAUUUUUCCCGUUCAGUUUGCAAAUUUCUCGGUUGAAAUUUCUCUCUUUGCGCAAAUUGUGUUCGUACUCAAAAAACGUACAGAGAAUAGACGUGAGUUGUUGUUUUUUUUCUUAUUGUGGGGUGAAGAGCGAAUACUUUUCGACGGUCGAAUUGUUUCGCACUGAUAAUAAAAGCAAAUGUCGAAUGGCACAAUCGAAGUUAUAAAUUAAAUAAUUCGCAAGAAAAUCAAUAGAUAACAUCAAUUUGAUGCAUUCGGUGCGAUAAUUUGCCUGCUAAAUUUCGUUCGAACAACAAGUUUUUCGUUGUUGUCGUCGUCGUCGUCGUCGUCGUCUUCGUCAUCUUCGUCAUCGCCAUCGUUAGUCCGAAUUCAGAUGUAUCAAGUGAGUUUUGUUUUUUUUUUAACGCACAACAACAACAAGUCGAAAGAAACCAAGCAAUUAAAUUGAAUUGUUCGUGUUGAAAAGACAAUCGAUCGUUAACACACAAAAUAAAACACACGCAACAACAUCAAAUUGAAGAAAUAUUUGCGAAAAUUUAAAACCACAAACGCAUUUGACCAGCAUUUUUUCCACCAUCCAUCAUCACCUGUGUGUCUCUUCGAACAAAUUCGAUCGGUGUGUAUAGCUUCGAUUCUCGACUCGAAUGACAGCAGCGAGAUUUAUUUGAAAGAAGAAAAAAAAACCACAUUAGAAAUCAAUCAAACAAACGAGUAACCAACACAUUUUGAUGAGAGAAAAAAAUAACAACAAAGAGUAAAGUGCGUUUUUUUUAGAGUGUUGUGUGUGCGUGAGAGAGACUUUUUGUAAAACAUUCUGUGUAAACGUUUGGCACAAAGUGAUUGAACUAGCAAACGAGAAAGAGAGAGAGAAAAAGAGAGACUGGAUUAUUGAUUUUCGUGCAAUUAAAAACAUUGUGGACAUACAUAUUUCAUUUAAGUCAUCGCCAUCGCAUCGGUGCGUAGCACUUAACACUUUUCUCUCUCACUCUCUGGAGACUCCGAACAACCGUCAUAUAACGUGAGAGAGACAGAUAUCGACAGAGAGUAAAAAAGACAACAUUUAAUAAUAUUAAAAAAAAAUCAUUAACAUCAACAACAACAACACAACAAAAAAUCUAUCGGUGAGUCUCUCGUCAAUACGUCCAUUUGUACGCAGCGCGCAUACGGAACAGAGUGAGAAAGCAACAGGCGCAUACAAAGAGCAUAGCACAAACAAUCCAACCAAGAGCAAAGCAACAACCAACUGUGCAGAGCACACACAAUAUCAACAGGUUGCGGCACUUUACAUUCUCUCGUAGUUGUUUUUUUCUCAUCUUUUCCAAUUCAAGUUAGAGAGAAGAAGAAGAAGAAGAAACAGAAAAAAAUAUAAAUAAAACCGUCAAGUAUAUAUUCGAAGAAACAAAAAUUGUGUGUACGUUGAAUGUGUGUAGGUGUGUAGUACGCGCGCAUCCACAAAAAUAAUAUAAAAAUACCAGUGUUCCAACAAACACGCGACACACACACACACACACAGAAAAUUGAAAAAAGAGAAUCAAAACGAAAGAAUCCUCACACAAACCGUUAGUAAAUGAAAACAAAUUGAAACGAGAGAUAGAGAAAAAAAAACCACGCACAUUUUGUGUCACAUUUUGGCCACAACCAUCGAUGUAUUUACUUGACAACUUUUGCGCCAUCACAACGUGAAUAUUCAACAAGUGCGAGAGACUCUUUUCCCCCUUCGUUUGACAAACAACAAAUCGAUCGGUCGGUUGGUCGGUCGGUCAGUCAGUUUCCGUAAUAUUUUUUUUCUGUGUUUAUGCACCGAUGCACAAUCCGUCAACAUGAUUUAGCAUGUUUUACGUGACAACCCGAAAAAACACACAACGUCUAAUUUGAGAGGAAAAAAAAGAGAAAAGAAAAAGUUGUUCUAUUGCUGUGAUGAAAAGUGUGAUUCGAUUGAUGGACACACCAAUACUCGUGUUAACUGAAUUAACAAAAAAAUAGCCAGAUUGUUGAAGAAUCCGUUUGUGAAACGUAAAUACAAGCAGCCGAAAAGCAACAGCGGCAGUAGUAGUAGCAACCAACGUCAACGUUUAUGUGGUUGAGGUGUGCAUCAUCAAACCAUUGAUGAACUUUGAGACUAUUUUAUUCGGCGAGAAUCUAUAGGCGAUCUUUUUUACAAAUGUUGGUGCCAGGACAUGUGUGUUCGUUGUAUGUUGCAACAGGAGGUGCUAAUGGAGCGGCACUGGGAUCAGACGAAAAGGAAGUCGUUCUGCUGGACUACAGUGUGAUCGAUGUGUUAACCAAUGAGGUAGUUUUAUCCAACCAAUUUCUAGUCCGACCAAAUGGUCAACAAGGAGAAAAAGAACAAAAUAACAAAAAAGACAAGACAAACACACCCGAAACCGCUACAUCAACUGCAUCCACAAAUGCCGAUACACCAGCACCAUCAGCGCCCGAAUUCUCAUUCGCCGAGACGGUGCUGCAGAAAGUUGGAAAACCGCUUAAAGAUGUCAUUGAACAGUUUGACCAGGAGAUUCGGUCGCGGAACAUCGAUCCAGAUAGCCCAACGUUUCGACUAAUAACGGAUGGUCAAUUACCAUUGCGACAAUGCCUGCAUCCUCAAGCAUGUGCCAAAGAUAUAGAAUUGCCCAAUUAUUUUUGCAAAUUUAGCGAUCUAAGAAAGGAAUUUGUCCGAUUUAAGACGUCGGAUGCGUGGCGAUCCGUAGUACCAAUCAAAGAUUUACCAAAUAUGCCACCACAGAUGCCAGUUCAACCGACGAGCAUAGCUGACAUGAUAGCAGACUUACAAAUCGAAGCGACCGCCCAACGAGAAGACGCUGACUUUUACUUUAACGAAAGUCGAGACAUGGUUACCGUUAUUAGCAAAAUGUUGGAGGCUGGUCACAAAUUCGAAUCCAGUGAAAUAAUAAAUCUUACAUUCGAGCCGGGCAUUUGCUCUGUUGAUGAUGAAGUCGAUGGACAGUGCAUAGUACGAGCUCGUGGUCUUCCAUGGCAGAGCAGCGAUCAGGACAUAGCGAAAUUUUUUCGUGGUUUGAAUGUGGCUAAGGGUGGCGUUGCUUUAUGUUUGUCACCACAAGGACGUCGCAACGGUGAGGCAUUAAUUCGUUUUGUGUCUCAAGAGCAUCGAGAUAUGGCACUGAAACGGCACAAACAUCACAUUGGCAAUCGGUAUAUCGAAGUGUACCGAGCAACGGGAGAAGAUUUCAUCAAUGUGGCCGGCGGUGCAUCGAAUGAAGCUCAAGCAUUGCUGUCUAAGGGUGCACAGGUUAUAAUCCGUAUGCGAGGUUUACCUUAUCUAUGUACCGCCAAACAAGUCUUGGACUUCUUUGAAACGGGCAUUGAUCCAGUGCAUGUGCUCGAUGGCCAGGAUGGCAUAUUGUUUGUGAAAAAGCCGGAUGGUCGUGCAACUGGCGAUGCAUUCGUAUUGUUCGCCCAUGAAUCGGAUGCAAAAAAGGCAUUAUCACGUCAUCGUGAAUCGAUUGGCAAUCGCUACAUCGAACUAUUCCGUUCAACAACUGCCGAAGUUCAACAGGUGCUGAAUCGGUCGAUGGACACAAAAACUUAUGAAAAUAAUAAUACAUCACAACCGCCGCUCAUACCGCAACUGCCACCAGCCGUUCAAUUCAAUUUGCUGCAGCCACAGCAUGUCAUAACAAGUGGAUCGGCGAAAAACUGCAUCCGACUGCGCGGUUUGCCAUACACAAUCCAGGUCGAAAAUAUUCUGAACUUCUUGGAGGAUUUCUCGAAGCAUAUCAUUUUCCAAGGAGUGCACAUGGUGUACAAUGCUCAGGGCCAACCAAGCGGUGAAGCAUUCAUUCAAAUGGACUCGGAAGAGGCGGCAUACGCAUCAGCUAAAGAAAAGCACAAUAAGUACAUGGUUUUGCCGGGUAAAAAUCAAAAAUUCCGCUACAUCGAAGUAUUUCAGUGUUCGGGUGAUGAUAUGAAUCUGGUGCUGAACGGAGGUGUAUCACCGAAUCAACAGCGAAAAUCGCCGUUACUCUCACACGGUAUGUUACAAGCUCAGCAACAACAGCCACAACAUACAGUUACUACAGAGAAACCGAUAAUGUCCAAUCAAUAUUUGCCCGCAAAUAUUGCGGCAAAACCUCUAUUAGCAAGCCCACCUCCGUAUCAAUUAUCCAAUCAGUUGUCGAUGAACGCGAACGCGGCUUUGUUUGCUCAGCAACAAGCUCAAGCCCAUUUGAUUGCGCAACAAAAUCUGUUGGCCCAUCAGCAGCAGGCAUCGGCUGUGGCCGCGGCUGGUGUCAGCCAUAUGCCAGGUUUCACAUUAAUUCCACAAUCGGCCGCCAAUGCAAUGCAUGGCACAACCAGUUUGGCUGUCGCUCAACCUCAAUUGAUGGCCCAGCCACAACAGUUGGCCCAGCAUCAUCAUGUACAAAAUUUAGCCUCAUUAACACAGCAGCAUUCGGCGCUACCGCCGAAUUUAAUGUCAAAUCUCAUGACACGAACGGCUGCUUAUCAAAUGGCAACGGGCAUGCAGGCAUCAUCUGCCUCCCUAACGCAAACCCAUGGCAUUUCGCAAUCCAUUCCAUACACUCUAUCGCCAGCCGGUUUGCAAUUCGCCACAUUCCAUAGUUCAAUGAGCCCGUACACAAAUCCAAUGCUUCUAUCACCGCACUCAUUAGCUUCGCUGCAAUUGAAAACGCCACAAACUCAAACACCUCAGGCGCGCACAUUUGGCACUCCCACAUAUACGCACACGUUGCAACAGCAUCAUCAUCAUCAUCAUCAUCAUCAGCAACAGCAGCAGCAACAACAGGCCGCUGCCCUUCAGCAAAUGGGACAAAUUCCCACUCAAAUGACCAAUUUUCAACAGCAAUUGUCAAUGAAUGCAAAUGCAGCCGCUGCCACAUCGCUGAUGCACAGCAUUAAGCGAAGCUAUGAAAGUGCAUUCCAUCAAGAUCCGUCCAGUACGUUGCAUCAUCAAAAAAGACCCACUCAAUUCACGGGCACGGGCAUUUUGUAAAUGAUGAUUGCGAUUUAUUUUCUUCAAUUUCCCAAGAAAGAAAAAAAAACAAAGCAAAUGAUGUAGAUUUUCAUUUUGACAAGACCUCGUGAUUUUCUGAGGCAAUUACUUCCACCUUUUCUCUCUUCCUUAAUUUAAGCAACAAUUUUGUAUAAUAUGAAUUUAAUUCAAAUGACCUAAUGAAACAAAUGACAAUGUGCAAUCCGAAUAAUAUGAACUAAUAAAGUCCAUUAUCAAAAUGGAUUGGAAAUUGAGAGUCGAGAUUUGAAACGAAUUCUCAAAAAUGGUGCGAGCAAAAUUGAGCAAACAAAACCGUCGACACGGCCUUCGAUUUAGAAACAAACAAGACUAAUUUCGUUUCAUAUUAAUAUUUUUUUUGUGUUUUCUUGACGGGACUUAAAUUUAAUGAGAAUUUCAAGCGAAUUUUUUUUUUAAAUGUACUAAUCUAGCGCACAUACAUACACAUACACACUCUGUCUCUCUUUCUAUGUACGGAAAAUGACACAAGAACUCUGUUGAUUCAUCAACUAAAUAAUAUUUUUUUUUUUAUAUUCAUGAACAUAUUAAAUAAAACACGUUUAUUUAGAGUUUAAAAACGGAAAAAUGAAAAAAAAAAUCAACAAUUUAAUUAAACUUACCAUUGGUUAUAAUGAUUUUUUUAAUCUAUAAAUAAUUUGAAACACACAUACACACAUCAUUCAUUUAAUCGGAAUGAACUGAUAUUGAAAUAAGAGAGCCUUGAACAUAUAUUAACGUGUAGCUAAAAGGAAAAAAAAGCAAACAAAAUUUCGGAAGAGUUAACAUAAUGACUAGAGAAUACAUAGAGAAAAUUUGGCAAAUAAAAUCUGUGAAAAAAAAUGAACAACACGCACAUUAAUCAAACGAACAAGGAUAAAUAAGAAAUAGAGAUUUAAAUGGCUCAUUUAUUUGUUUUAGAUUUUUCUUUAUUUUUUUUUCAUUUUUGACCCAAUUAAAAAAAAAAAACAAAUCAUACAAUUCGCAUCAAGGGUUUGGCAUUUUUCUUUUGGAUGGCAAUAUAUACAUAGAGAAAAUGCCAGACAUUUGACGCUAAUGACACACGUUCACAUAUAUUCACAACCCCUCCGCAUUAUAAAUAUAAAAUUAAUAAUAAUUUUUAAGCUGGUUUUAACUUAAGGGAAUUUUUUUCGAAAUAAUAUUUUAGCAUUUUUUUAAAAACAAUUUAUGGCAAUUUCGAGAGAGAAAUAACUAUAUAUAAAGAAGGUUGACAGGGGACACCCUUCAAAUGUGCACGCACAAAUUAGUUAAUUUUUUUUCAUUACUAUUUCUCCCCUUUAUUUUCUAUUUUGGAAUUUUAUCAAUUUAAACAACAAAAACACUACACUAAUUAAGUUUAGCCAAUUAAUAGCUAUUGGAAAAAUUGCAUUGACAAUUUUUUUUUUGUUUUUUUUUUAUAUUCAUGUUUUAUAUGCUUCGGUGUCAUCUCUUAGUUAAUUUUUCUUGGUUUAUUCUAUUUCUCUCUGUAUGUGUUUUGGGGGUGAGCAUUUCCACAGCAAAAAAAAACCGUGCUUGUAGAUGAAUUUUUUUAAAAUAUAUUUUGAUUUCUAUGGAUUAAUUCUAAUAUGCUAUAUAUUCUCAAAACGAACAAAACUCAUUUCAAUUACGUAGAUUCAUUCGCUUCAUAUUGAACUUCUUUUUGUUCUUAAUUUGCUUUAUUUCACCGUAUUAUUGUUUUACGUGCAUUCUUUCUUCUGUUGUUUUUAUUCUUAUUUUCAAUAUAAGAAAUGUGGAACUUUUUUUUUAUUGAGUGUUUAUUAUUGUGUUAACAAAAGAUACAGGCAAACUAUAGUAACGAUAUUUCAUUCCAUUUUCAAUUGAGCACUUGAAUGAAAGUGAUUUUAUCAUUCCAGAUUAUUUUGAUUCCAAGCUAAUGCUACCUUCUACCUUAAUUUAUCAUUCCAAGAUGUAUAUUUUUUACUGGAUAAAAUAUUCGAAAUUCAACAAUUGAUCAAAACUCCACUCUUGAUUACUUAUUGCGAAUUUCCAUUAGAAUUUAGGGGAAGAAUCAGUUUUCGUUCACAUUCAAAAGCGAAUACAAAAUUCCAACGAGAAUUUUUAGCGAAUUUAUUUUAAAGAAUUUGGAAUGAAUUUUGCGAGACGAAAUUCGGAUAUUUUUCCAUUCCAAUCGGGGUUUUUGUGUGUUCUUAUUUUGUUCUGAGACCGAAAAAAAGGCAAUUUCAAAACAAAUCAAAAAGAAUCGACUUCGUUAAAAAAAAUGGAAUUUAUUUAAACAGAAUGAGUUCAACGUAGAAAAAGAGUGAAGAAUUUUAUUUAACAUUUUCUAUAUACACACGAAGAAAGAAAAAUUUAUUUUCGGAACAAAGUUGAUAAUUAGCAGAGUUGACUGACAUAUAACAACGUAGCAUAAGAACAUGUGAAAACAAAAACGAAAAAAAAACAGAAUAUUGAAACACAAUUUUCCAAUAGGUGACACCGCAUAUAGACACGUACAUUUAUACAUACCCUUGAAGGAGAAAAAAAACUAUGCAUUUUUGCGGUGUUGUAAUUAAUUUGAUGUGUGAUUCGAAAUCGCAUGGAAUUUUUUUUUAAAUAAGCAAUAAGGUAUAUAUGCGGAAGAAAAGACAUAAAAACAGAGCAAGCUAUAUUAGGAAAUUUAUUUAUUUUUAGCCAAUUUUUUUGUUUUUAACUUACACAAAACACACACGCACAUGAAAAUGAAUGGAUAUGGGAUGAAAAUGCAGCGCUGGUGCACGGUUAAGCUUUAUAUAAGCUUUGGUUUUGAUUGGGCCUGUAGCCAUUUCUGUUUGUUCAUUUAUUAACCGGAAUAUAGAGAGAUUAAAUACAAAAUAGUAAUACAGAAAAAAUGCGAAGCAAAAAGAAAGCAACCAGCUUAAUUUGAAUAUAUUCAUUGUAGUAGUGCAAAACAAAAAAACAUGCAGCGUAACAUUAACCGUAACAUUCAUUUUCUGUGUUGUAUCAUUUGAAGCAUUCGUUGGACUAUUUCCAUUGUUUGGGUGCGUUUAAUAAAAAAGACAAAUAGUUUUUUUGUGAGAUCAUUUCUUAAGAAUA